UGAUACCGAAGAAGAAGCAUUCAGCAACAAACAUGGCUGAUACAGAGGGAGCAGAGGAAACUUCUCCAGGAAUUUUGCAAGAAAUGUUCACGUCCCCGUUGAAUUUGAGUCUGCUUGGCCUCUGCAUAUUUCUUUUGUACAAAAUCUUUCGCGGAGACACGCCUGCAGAUAUGGGAGAGGUUGAGGAACCUCUGCCUAAACUCAAGAAAAGAGAUUUCACGUUAGUGGAGCUACAACCGUACGAUGGUCUGCAAAAUCCAAGAAUUCUUAUGGCUGUCAAUUCAAAGGUGUUCGACGUUACUAGAGGAAAGAAAUUCUACGGGCCAGAGGGUCCCUAUGGAGUGUUUGCUGGUAAAGAUGCCUCCAGGGGCCUGGCCACCUUCUGUCUGGAGAAGGAGGCCCUGAAAGACACCCAUGAUGACCUCUCGGACCUCAACGCCAUGCAACAGGAAAGCCUCAAUGAAUGGGAGACCCAGUUCACUCAAAAGUAUGACUAUGUCGGCAAACUUCUGAAACCUGGAGAAGAACCCACAGAGUACACGGAUGACGAGGAGGUGAAGGACAAAAAGAUGGACUAGAGCGCACAAGGGAAAUUCAGAUACCUUAAUUUUUUCAGGAUAAUGUGAUGCAUAUUGCCUUGUGUUGCAGCCAAUGAGCGAAAUGCUUUCUCCUAUAUGGUGUUUGUAUUAUGUAAUUGUCACGGACCACCUCUUAUGCUAAUUUCAUAUGCCUCAGACCUUAAUUUACCAAAACCAAGUGGAUUUUAGGUUAAGGUUAGUAUAAUUAUUGAAUACUGUACUGUCUUUGUAAAGUUAUACAGGUAGUAUUAGUUGUAAUGUAGAUGCUGUUGGAGGAUCUAUUACUGUAGCUCAGUGUUAAUUUUGGCUCUCUUCUUUUAGACUUAGUCUUAGUCAUUUUGACUAAAAUAUCAUUGUCUUAGUCACACAUUUUUGUUAUUUGAAUAAUAAUUUAGUCUAGUUAUUGUCAAAAUGAUAGAAACAGUUGGCCAUUUUAGUCAACUAAAUGCCCUUUCGUUUUAGUCACAUCACAUUUGUAUUGCCUCAACCUAUAGGAAACAUAAAUCACUGACUUCCAUGUGCACAAACCUACAUAGCCUUGUCCUACCAACAUAUUUUUCUACAUAACAUUAUAUUCCCAACAGCAGAAAUAUGACAAACAUAUGGCCGUCACUCAGUCGCGUCAUUGCCGUUGUUAUCAACGUUCCACUGUCACAUUGACGUCCAAAAGUAGAACGGGCUAAUGACUGUUUUGCCCAGUGAUAUAGUCAAGACACUAAACCUCAAGUCCGAAUCAAGUCCCCUGUGCUUGAGUCUGAGUCACCAGUGGUCGAGUCCUGGUCCAAGUGCUCAAGUUUGAGUCACUGGAUCCACAUUAACUCAAAAUAAAGUUAUUAACCCAGUCAGAUAUAGUGUAAUUGUUUGCUAUUUAUUUUCCUUUCUUUCUGUGCUAUCAAAUCUUUGGUAAUGUUACCAGGGCCACGUUCAGUUGCGAAACAUUCUCGAAUGUUGCAAAUAGAAAUUCUGUGAAUAGAGCCAACGUUAUUCCUUAUUCAACAUGUCAGAGUGGCAUGUUUGUUCUAGAUAGCAUAUUUUUAUCUGAACGUUACACAAUGUUGUGACCUGCUGAACACAUCCUAGCUUGUUGGCUAUAGCUGGGUAUUGAGGUAACAUGACUGAAGGUGUAGCCUAAACAAAAUGGGUGUUUGACGAAUAUAUUAAUCACUAUUUUUGUUGAUGAAAUAAACAGCUGUAGCUUGAUAUGAAUAUAUUUCCUUUUUUGUAAUCUUGAGAUGACCACAUAUUUUAAAUUACACAAGCUGAUAACGUUCUAUCACAAAUAUUUGUGUAAUUUUUUUUCUGCACUGGUGUUAGAGUUCCAUUACAUACAUCACAUACUCUGACUCUGCAGUUAGUGUGUCUCAUGUGCGUUUGAGAAGAUAAUGCUUGAUAUACUUAGUCUAGCGUUUACUUUCAGCAUGACUUUGUAAUAACACAAUUGGUCUGAAAUGUUCACACUACUAGUGUAUGGCUUGCACUGGAUGAAGUAGGUUUUUGGAUGUUCAUACUGUAGCACAAUUUCUUUCUAAAUGUCAAGUGAAAAAGGGUGCGGCCUGUAACCAUUAUGUAUGGCAUGGCAAAUACUCCUGGACUCGAAUACCGGUAGACACGGGAAGGGAACACUACAAAAUCCAUUACUAAGGAAUGUAAUUGUCUGUGAUCAUGAGACUGAUAUUUUGUUAUGAUAAAUCUACCCAAAUGGAUAAUCAAA